GAUUUAUCUGGAUCCAUUGACGACUUGCCGACUGGAACUGAAGCGACCCUGAGCUCAGCUGUCAGCGCCUCAGGCUCCACGAGCAGCCAAGGGGAGCAGAGCAACCCUGCACAGUCUCCAUUCUCCCCUCAUGCUUCUCCGCAUCUCUCUGGCAUCCCCGGGGGCCCAUCGCCUUCCCCCGUGGGCUCUCCCGUCGGAAGCAACCAGUCGAGAUCUGGCCCCAUUUCUCCAGCGAGUAUUCCAGGCAGUCAGAUGCCACCGCAGCCUCCUGGCAGCCAGUCAGAAUCCAGCUCCCACCCUGCCUUGAGCCAGUCACCAAUGCCGCAGGACCGAGGUUUUAUGGCAGGCAUACAGAGGAACCCCCAAAUGUCACAGUAUGGACCUCAGCAAACUGGACCUUCCAUGUCACCACACCCCUCACCUGGAGGCCAAGUGCAUCCCGGCAUUGGUAGCUUUCAGCAGAGUAAUUCAAGUGGUACUUAUGGGCCUCAGAUGAGCCAGUAUGGACCACAAGGAAACUACUCCAGACCACCGACGUACAGUGGAGUGCCCAAUACAAGUUACAGUGGCCCAGGACCCGGCAUGGGUAUAAAUGCCAACAGUCAGAUGCAUGGCCAGGGGCCAAGCCAGCCUUGCGGUACCAUGCCCCUGGGGCGGAUGCCAUCCGCUGGGAUGCAGAGCAGACCAUUUCCUGGAAACAUGAGCAGCAUGACCCCCAAUUCUCCUGGCAUGUCUCAGCAGGGAGGCCCCGGGAUGGGCCCACCCAUGCCAAGUGUGAACCGUAAGGCACAGGAGGCGGCUGCUGCAGUGAUGCAGGCUGCUGCAAACUCCGCUCAGACCAGGCAAGGCAAUUUUCCUGCCAUGAAUCAGAGCGGUAUUAUGGGAUCCAGCUCCCCCUACACUCAGCCGAUGAACAACAGCUCUGGCCUGAUGAACCCGCAGGCUCCUCCUUACAGCAUGGCACCUAACAUGGUGAACAGUUCAACAGCACCUAUGGGUCUUGCAGAUAUGAUGACACCCGGUGAGUCCAAACUACCCCUUCCUCUCAAAGCAGAUGGCAAAGAAGAAGGAGCCCCGCAGCCCGAGAGCAAGUCAAAGGAUAGCUACAGCUCUCAGGGUAUUUCUCAGCCCCCAACCCCAGGCAACCUGCCAGUCCCUUCCCCAAUGUCCCCAAGCUCUGCUAGCAUCUCCUCAUUUCAUGGAGAUGAAAGUGAUAGCAUUAGCAGCCCAGGCUGGCCAAAGACUCCAUCAAGCCCUAAAUCGAGUUCCUCUACCACAACCGGAGAGAAGAUCACUAAAGUCUAUGAGCUGGGAAAUGAGCCGGAGCGCAAGAUGUGGGUGGAUCGGUACCUCACGUUCAUGGAGGAGAGGGGCACGCCUGUGGCCAGUCUGCCAGCCGUGGGCAAGAAGCCCCUGGACCUGUUCAGGCUCUAUGUCUGCGUCAAAGAGAUCGGAGGUUUAGCACAGGUUAAUAAAAACAAGAAGUGGCGUGAGCUGGCAACCACCUUGAACGUUGGCACUUCUAGCAGCGCAGCCAGCUCCCUGAAAAAACAAUACAUCCAGUACCUGUUUGCCUUUGAGUGCAAGAUUGAGCGAGGGGAGGAGCCCCCUCCAGAAGUCUUCAGCACUGGAGAUACGAAGAAACAACCUAAGAUUCAGCCGCCAUCUCCUG